AUGGCCGGUAACGCGAGUGGUAGUGGUGGUGGCGGCGGUGCAACCGACUCGUCAUAUCCAUCGUCCUCAGGCAAUAGCAAUCAACAACAACAGCAUCAUCACCAUCUACAUCAGCACCACCACCAUCAACAGCAACAAAACCAUGCCAUUAAUAGCAAUAAUGAGCCGGACGGAGGUAUCGGUGAAUGGAACCCGCUAGAGCAUGGUGUUGGUGUUAUUAGUGGUGGAGGCGGUAAUAGUGGUCGAGCAAAUAGUGGCAACAACGCCGGCGGCAACAACAAUAAUGUGGCGAACCAAAACAACAACAACAACACGAACGCGGAGGAAAUCGAUCGUUUCAGCUUUGAGGAUUCGGACCGAUUCGAGGAGGAUUCGCUGUGCAGUUGGAGCUCUGAACCGGAGAGCGUGUGCAACAACUGGCGGGGCUGGAAAAAACCAGCAGGCACGAUCAACUCGUUUGGCGGUGGACCUGGCCGACGAUACAAUGAAGGUGAACCAACAUCGCUAACAGAGCUAGCGGCACGCUGUGUUGCGUUUUACAUCCCGUUCGAGCUGGUCGAACAGAUGUACCCACCGGUGCCGGAACCGAUCAUGCUGCGCAUAGCUUUCUGGAGCUUUCCGGACAAUGAGGAAGACAUUAGGCUGUACUCGUGCCUAGCGAACAGCUCCGCCGAUGAGUUUCAUCGGGGCGAGCAGCUGUUCAAAAAUCGAACCGUCAAGGACCCGCUCCAGAUAGGCUUCCAUCUAUCGGCGACCGUCGUGCAGGCGCAACCACGCAAUCACUACAACGUGGCGGUCACCUUUGAUCGCCGAAAAAUCUCGUCUUGCAGCUGCACCUGCCUUCCUACCACCUACUGGUGUUCGCACGUGGUUGCCGUUUGUCUGUACCGGAUUCAUUGCCCUACCAAAGUUAGCCUCCGGGCGCCAGUCUCAGAAUCACUGUCACGAUUGCAACGCGAACAGUUGCAAAAGUUUGCCCAAUAUCUGAUCAGCGAACAGUCUCAGCAAAUACUCCCAAUAGCGCAGCGUUUGCUGGACGAGCUGCUGAGCGCGCAGCCGACUACCAUUAAUACGGUGUAUGGGGCACCCGAUCCUACCGCCGGUGCGUCCGUGAACGAUCAGACAAAUUGGUAUCUGGAUGAAAAAACAUUGCACGAUAACAUCAAGAAGAUACUAUUCAAGUUCUGUCAACCGACGCCGAUGGUAUUUAGCGAUGUAAACUAUCUGACGAACUCGGCACCACCGGCGGCAGCAGAAUGGAGUUCGUUGCUGCGACCGUUGCGUGGUCGUGAGCCGGAAGGUAUGUGGAAUCUACUGUCGAUUGUGCGUGAGAUGUACCGACGAUGCGAUCGAAAUGCAGUGCGAUUGCUAGAAAUAAUUACCGAGGAGGUGAUGGCGUGCGAUCAGAUACUGGUAUGGUGGUUUAACAUAAAGCUUGCCUUGCUCGUCGGUUCCAACGGGCACGGUGGUGGUGGAGGUGGUGGAGGUGGCGGAAAACAUGGCAAUACGCACAGUAAUCUAAACGCUACGCAGCAUGCGUGUGCAUCGCUGUGCGAUGAGAUCGUCGUGCUGUGGCGACUUGCCGCACUAAAUCCUGGUCUCGCGCCGGACGAGCGCGAUAUGUUGCACGCGCAGUUUACUACAUGGCAUCUGAAGAUACUGGACCGGGUGGCGAAGAACAUAGUAGCUUCUUCAUCACACAGCAGCAAACAACAACAGAAUUUGCGAAACGAUACAGAACUGUUUGCUGGAUUCAAACCGGCUAUCGAAGCUUGCUAUCUAGAUUGGGAGGAUUAUCCGAUCGAGGGAGUAACGCACACUCAAGAUACCAACCCGAUGUAUCACUGCCCGUUCACUUGCUUCAAGCAAAAUAGCGAUUCGCGCUUGGACACAACCACCACGACCGGUUCGUCGAUGCCCCUGCUACAGAACAACGUGAAACAGUUUCAGAUGAUGGUACAUCACUAUCAUCACCAUCACAGCCACCAUCAUAGUUACCACAGCACCGACUAUAUGCAACCGCAAAGGCAUCCUUCUAUACCGAGUGCAUCGAAUACCGGACUGAUGGUUGGUAAUACAGAUCGCUACCGGAACAUUACGACCGUGGCAACCGCAUCACGAACGGUGGAACAACAGCGUCAUCAGGACAGUGCCGUGGCUGGCCCUUCCGGAAUAGCAACGACGUCUCUGGCUGCAACAACAGCUGCGACAAACAAUGUAUCUACCGUCAGCACCGACAGCGCUGUCAUUGCUGGUGGUUCCGAUGGGAUUGCUCUGAUGGGCGUUAAUAGUGGCGGUGGAGGCGAUUACGAUCCAUCAUCGAACGAUGAUAAUGGUGAAGUUAGCAACAAACGUAUCGGAGCUGGAGCUGUGGACGUAGCAAAUAAGAGCCAUCACCAUCGUACACGAGCCCAUCGCGAUCGGUUAACGUACUGUUCGUCUAGUAAUAAUAGUAGCAGCGAUAGUGUACCGGACCGACUGAACCAGACGGUUAAUAAUCCUGAUGCGACAGAAGAAGGAACAGGUCACAGCUCGGUUGUGACCGGACUAGCUGGAACAUCGAUCGACACUGGAAAGCAAAGCUGUGAUGCAAUCGGUGCCGGUGGUAAUCGCUCGAGCGUUAGCAGUGAGGGAUUCUGUGAGAAUGAGGACGAUCUGACGGCUGUGGCCGAUGAGAAGCUACAACACUAUCUCCUCCCUGUGGAAGUCGCAAAUAAGGUUGAUGCUAGCAAUAAUGUGUCGGUAGCCGUAGGUCCCGAUGUAGGUGAGGUGAACGUUACAAGUGGGUCGGGAGCCACCGUUGUUGAUCCAAGUCUACCGCUGCUGAGUGUGAGUAAUUCUUCGUCCAGCUCGUCGUCUUCGUCCACCUCACUAUCGUCCAGCUCAGCUACGACGGAUCUCGUGCAGAAGAAAAAGAAAGUAGCUGCUGAGGGGACGGGAUCACUGUCGAGCGAAUCGAGCAACGAAAAUAGCAUCCUGAACGAUAUGAACAACUACGACAUUUCGGGCAACAUUAAGCUGUACGAGGUGUUGAACAUGGUGGAACAACAAUCAACCAAACCGACUAACAAGUGCGAUACGAUCAAACACGCCAACAGCAUGAUGGCCACCAAACACAACAGUGCCAAACGCCAAGGGUGUGGUGAAGAAGCCUUGGGCAACGAGACCGCCAUUUUGGGAAAUGUGACACCGUCUACGGAACCAUCUGCGUCCGGAGAACAGAACCGUGGCGAAGUUUCACCGCAACAAAAACAACCAUCAUCACAGCAAACCGGUACAAUCUCGACUGCUAACCAACAGCAACAGCAGCAUCAAAAAUCCACUAAACAACAGCAACCAACAACAACCUCCGCAAAUCAAUUGCAUGCCGAAUCGAAACAACAGCAAAUGUUCUCUAACAUCAAACCUACGGAGGACGCGUGGGACAUUCUGUUUGCCCGUGCGGAAGGUUUGCACGCGCACGGUCACGGUAGGGAAGCGUGCACGUUGGGCGUUCGACUCGCAUCCGAAAUGCUAGCUAACCCACCCAACCUGAUGGUCGAUCUACCACCGCCACCGAAGAAAAAGGGAAAGAAACACAAUGUCAAUCCGAUCUCACAUCAGAUUAGCGUACUAGCCUCAGCCACCCUCUCCAAGUGCGCCUUCCUCUGUACGGUACUGGCAGAAAAUUCCGAACAUUAUCAUCUAGCGUUCCGUGUGUGUUUGUUCGGGUUGGAAAUGUCUCGACCACCGGCCAGUACCAAACCGCUCGAGGUGAAGCUUGCCAACCAAGAGUCGGAUCUGCUCGCACUGCUCAAACGCAUCCCGCUCGGCAAUAAUGAGCUAAACGCGAUACGCGAGCGAGCGCAACAGUUGCGUGAUGGAAUGCUGAAAUCGCGAGGAGAAGCAUUGCUCCCGAUCAUGCUCGCUAGCUUCAUAUUUGAUGCGUUGGUAAUGCCUUCGGUCGUUGGUCGAGAAAAUCGGCUAAAGAUGAUGAGCAAUGCUUGUCGCUUCCCUAUGGAUGAAACUCUUGGCUUCGAGGCGGCCGUAGCGGCUCUGGGACUUAAGGCAAACGUGUCCGAAGCGGAACAUCCUUUGCUAUGUGAAGGCACCCGACGGCAACGGGGUGAUCUUGCGCUGACCCUUCUAUCGUACUACAAGGACGAACCGCGCAAGAUUUGUCGCAUUAUGGAGAAGCUGCUUGAUCGGGAGAUACACGUGCUCAUCAAAACGCCGCUGCUACCGUCUUACUACUCUAACAAUCCUCCUACGCGUAGCCAAACGUCCCAACUGCGGUUGGAUGAGUACGAAGCAGCCAACAACAACAACGCACAACAUCCCCUGCAUCAGCUGCAAGCGUACGGAGGCAAUAGUGGCGGUCGAAGCAGCAGCAGUACAGGAAGCGCCGAACUUCAACCACAACAACAACAACUAUCUGGAUCCAUGGUCGCGGCUACCCAUCCAUCUCAGGGAUCGGAGUUCUCGGGACUAGCGAGCAGUAGUCGACCUCAGAGCAGAACCAGUACCGAGGUCGAGGUAGGCAUCGCAGCACUAAAUCUAGGUGGUGCCGCUACAACUACAAACGCGAAUGGAACAACAUCCACUACUCCUACCACGACCACCACCAACGUUCCAACGGCUGCUAUGCUUCCGACUGCUGGUUCGUGUACCAGUAGCACCACUGCUGGUGGGCCUUCCACAUCUACAGCAGCGACCGUUACAACUACUGGCACACCCUCGGUGACUUCGACCCGCUCGAAAGACUCCCGGUACAAGGGCAAACGGGCGUAUCCUUCCAUUCCGAAUCAACCGUCCGAGGCGAGUGCGCACUUUAUGUUCGAGCUGGCCAAAAACGUGCUCACCAAGGCGGGCGGUACAUCGGCCACGUCACUGUUUACGCAGGCAAGCACUACCCAGAACCAUCAGGGGCCGCACCGAGGGUUGCACAUGUGCGCGUUCCAGCUGGGACUUUAUGCACUCGGACUGCACAACUGCGUUAGUCCAAACUGGCUGUCACGCACGUACUCUUCGCAUGUGUCGUGGAUUAUUGGACAGGCGAUGGAUAUCGGAGCCCCAGCGAUUUCUUUCCUGAUCGACACGUGGGAGGGCCAUCUGACUCCACCAGAAGCGGCCGGUAUGGCUGAUCGCGCGUCAUCACGAGGAUGGGACAGCAACAUGGUGAAUCCGGCUGCUGAGCUGGCAUUAUCGGUGUUGCCGCACGCAGCAGCGCUCAACCCGAAUGAGAUCCAGCGUGCAAUCUUGCAGUGUAAGGAGCAGAGCGAUCGGAUGCUCGAGAGAGCCUGCAUUAUGGUCGAAACGGCGGCGAAAGGUGGCGGUGUGUAUCCGGAAGUGUUGUUCCAGGUGUCGCGCUACUGGUACGAACUGUAUUUACGCAAUACACCCGGUGGUGAGAUGGAAUCGGACGAGCAGCACGACGUUGUUGUCAAUCUGAUGCAGAUGAUGGAACCUGGCGGAGCCGUCGAUGCACCAUCGAUGCCUAGUGUACCGUCAGGACAGCCGGGUAAUUGUCCGACAGGAGGAAUCCCUCCACCCGUUGGUGGUGGUGGUGGAACUACACCGCAACAACCUUACCCACCCCAUCAACAUCAACCCAUAUCUGGUUUGGCCCCAAUAGGUAUGACACCGUAUGGUGGCUACGGUUACGGUACGAUCUUUCACCAUCAGAAUGCGCUCCAGUAUGGUCACCCAACCAACCCGGUGCAUCAGAUGUAUCUGACCGCACCGCUGCAGUUCCAGUAUCCACCACCACCGCCACCCGGUAGCCAAGGUGCACAGCCACAAUCAUCGCAACCCCAACCACCAGCUGUAGGCUACGGACAGCAGCAGCAGCAGCAGCAGCAGCAACCUGCACAGCAACCUCUCGGUGCGAUUAAUCCCGCUGUGGUAGCUGCUUAUCAAUCGAUGCAGCAACACGGUGUCCCACCUCAAGCAUACGGCACAACACCACAAUAUCAGUCCGUUCCAGGUGUGCCGGGUGUGCAACCUCAAGGACCUCCGACCAAUCCCAGUCAGAUGCAGCCGAACUUGCAGCAGUUCUACGGUGGACCGCAGGCAGCCGUAGUUGCAGCUGCCAUGCAACAUCAGCAGCAACUACCGGGAGUGCCCCCUGUACAGGGUGGCGGUCUUCCACAGCUAGCACCCCCUCUACCAACAGCCAUGCCUAGCAAUCAGCAACAAGUAGGGGGAGUAGCAGGAGGACCGCCAGUUCCUGCAUCAUCCCAGCAACAACAGCCACAUGGAGGAACUGGUAUGCGUUCACAACAUGCCGUUGGUAGUGGUAGUGGUGUUGGUGGACCACCCUACGCUGCUGCGUAUGGUGCGGCCACCGGGACGGGUAGUAACAACGGCUCGAGCGGAGGCCAGCAACAGGUACGUGCGGCUCGUCAUCCGCAUCAUUCCAACGCGGCCCAACUACACUAUCUGCUCGCAACGUACAAUGCGGGCAUGCUGGCGUUGGAAACGCUCGCUCGGCGCGUUCAUGACGAUCGACCGCAGGCAAAGUACGCGCGGAAUCCACCGUACGGUGAGGACGUUAAAUGGUUGCUCCGGAUCUCGAAAAAACUCGGCACACAGUAUCUACAUCAGUUCUGUGUGUGCGUAGUGAACUCGAUCGUUAGCCCGUUUGUGUUGCACGAGGUAGCGAUCGAAUCCGCACACUACCUGUCACGCAACAAUCCGGCGCUCGUGAUGCAUCAUCUGCGAUCUGCCCUAACGCCACUGAUGAGCAAGUGUCAGAGCAUGUACUUCCAAUGCAUACAUCAAAAGCUGUACCAUCUGACGAUAGCGGACUACGAAGACUUUACCAGUACAGUCCUAUCUGCGCGUAAUGCGUUCCAGAUAACACCGGAAGGCAAUGCUCAGUUUAAAGAUUGGCUGCAAUCAAUUAAACGGUCGAAGUCGUGCAAGAAAGAACUAUGGACGCAAAUAAAUGCCGCACUCAAUUCCAAAUGACAUAGGCUCGAUUCGAUUGGAUCGGAGCUGAAUAUGAUGCUAGCAGCGGCAGCAGCAGCAACAUCCAACAGUUGCAACAGUAUAAGCAAUGACCCCAGUU